CCAAAACGAAUUGGAAUUUGAUUGUUCUUUUACAUGUUUGCAAUGCAAACCAAACCGAAUUGGAAUUUGAUUGUUCUUUUACAUGUUUGCAAUGCAAACCAAACCGAAUUGGAAUUUGAAACAUGCGUGUAGGUAGCCUAAUCUGUAUGGGGGAGAGGAGUCUGGUUUCGACGAACGAACUGCUUUAUCCAUGCAAAACCCCAACUUUUUUUUUUCCUUCCGCCGGCAUCGCGCGCGAUCAACCACUUUUGUCCUGACCGCGCCAUGGCCGUCCCUGCCUCCGUCGUCGUCGCGUCGUGCCUCUGCGUCGGCGCCUCCGCGUGCGUGUCGUCGGGCCUCGCGUUCUGCGCCACGUUCGCCGUCUCCCUCCCCUUCGUGGCGCGCGAGCUGUCGCCGGAGCACAUCGACGGCGUCUUCGCCGCCGUGGACGCCUGCCUGCAGAAAGGGGCUUGCUACGCCAGGGCCGCCGUCGAGGCCGAGACGCGGCGCCUGAGGGACCCGGCGCGAUGCCAUCCGGCGCUUGCGUUUCUCUACGCCAGGGCCGAAGGGGGCGCCCGCCGCGCCCGCGCGCUCGUCACGGACGCGGUCGAUAGAUUGGAAACGAGGGCCGCAGAAUCGAAGUGGCGCGACAUGACGGACGCAUCAGCCGCGGCAUUGCGCUGGCUCCGCCUGAUCGCCGGCGCGAUCAAUCUGGCAGUGGCCGUUCUGAUCACCAUGUCCGAACGCCGGGCAGCCUCGGGCCUCAGGCGCAGCGGCGCGCACGGGAUCAGGACGACGCCGAACUCGGAAGCAAUGACAACCUCGAGCUCCAAGCUUGACGCCACAUUGUUCGUCGUCUGGAUCACCGCGACCUUCACGUACAGCACGCCAGUGUUCUUCCAAUGCGCCGUCACCAGCGGCAUGGCGUCGCUCGCUGCGUGCUUCGCAUGCUUCGCCACGAUGUGCUGCUUCGCUCUAAUGCAAGCCAACAAGGUUCACCUGUGGAGUUCCCGCGACGCUGCCGGCAGGAACGCUGUCAUGGCCGAGGUACCGCACGCUUGGGGGUUACUCUGGUCUGAGAUCACCCUCGUCACCUACCUCGUCGACGCCUGCUUGCUGUGCAUCACGCUGGACUCCCGGGCCUCGCGGCCUGUGGCGCUCGCGUUCCUGGCCGCCUGCAACCUCGCGACGCUCAAAGUGGCCAGUCAGGUCGAGGCCAUCGGCUCCGCGGGCGUGAUCAGGCGCCGAGGCCACGCCGUGGCGGUGUGCGCGAUGGGCAUCGCCAAGGUGUUUGUCGUGUGCUUCGUGCUCGACUUCCGCCUGGGCGCGUUGAGAUUCGCGUUUCUCUGCAGCGUGAUUGCCUUCCUGUUGAACAAGGCGGCCGGCAGCUUGCCGGACGUGUCCACCCCGGUGGACGCCAGUGCAGGGGAUGCUGACGUCGCCGGAGACGUUGAACUGCUGCCUGAAUACGUUAGUAAUUCUGAGGAAUUGAGCAACCAUGCUACCUUUAACCAUAAGGUGGAAGAAGAUUCGAGUUCCCCUGCUGCCGGCGACCGUGAAAACGAACAUGAUUCAAGCAACUCCGCUACCAUUGACGGUGGAGAGGACGACACGACUACCAAGGAGUAUUUUGAUGGAUCAGAUUCGGAGGAGCAGCGUCAAGAAGAAGAAGAAGAGGACUACGGCGGCGGCAUGGACGAAUGGAACCUCGUUGAGAUCGAUCCGGUGAUGCCGAUCAACGUUAAUGGUGGCGCCAAGCGUUGGUGACGGAAGUACUUGCGCAGGGUUGUGUGAUUCACAAUUCUGCACUUGAUCUAGAUCCUGUUUUGGGAGUUUUUAGGUGCUGCAUCUUCUCCCAGAAUCAUAAGUUUCUCCAAACAGUCCAGCUUUUAAUCCAGAUUUUAAGAAGCUGUAGUUAUAGAAUCAAAAAAUAAACUAGAAAUCAGAAGCUGGGAAACCAGUUUUUGCAGAUUCUCAAAAGCUCUUCCAACCAGCUUUUGCAGAUUCCAACCAACUGCUUCUUAGAAUUUUAAACUCUCCCAAACAGGCUCCUAUUCUCCUUCCAUUUUUUUCUGAACUUGUUGCAUGUUCACGUGUCAUUGAGAACACGCAAAAUUGAGAACACAAAGAAAAAAAAAAACCCCUCCAUUCCUCCA